AUGAUCCCUAGCAAUGUCGAAGAGAAAAGCGUAAUCGAUAACGACUAUUACAUUGUUGUGAAUGAGGAACAUUACGUGGAUGCUGCUGCACACUUUAUAGCAAAAUGCAUCAUGUCAAAUCCCAAAGCUAAGUAUUCACUUUGUCUACUUAUAGUUUUGGUCCAAGAAGUUAGUGCUCUGAGGAAGGUAGGGCAGAUAAUGGAUAUAUGGCAUUCUGGGAAAAUGUUUUAUACAUUCUUCAUCUGGGAACACGCUUUUGGAGGGUUGUACAAAGCUCGUGGUGGGCUGAAGAUAGCUGCUAAUUAA